GCGGGCAGGUGGCGGCUGUCCCGACGGCGUUCUCUGCCCCCCCAGGCUCAGGAUCUCCUACCGACCGGGAGAGUCUUGUCUGAACACCUGAGGGGCAGUGCAUGGGAAUUUUUCCCUUCCCCGCCACUGCGCCGGCGGACAUUCCUCUGCAUUUCUUAAGGGAGAAAACUCGGCAAAGAAGGGGGAGGAAGAAAGGCAGGAGAGAAGGGAGGAAAGUUGGUUGACUUGCAGAGAGAGAGGUGAAGCUUUCCUGUGGCUCCCACUGCGCUUUGCACUGGAGACCUUCCGUCCACGCGAAGCUGGAGGAUGGAGCCAGAGCCCCCGCCUGAGCUCAUAGCAGUGCCCCUCGGGGAGAAUGGGAGUGUCCACCUGGCGCCCGACACAGCCCUGCUGUCCCCGGGGAGAGCCACGGCCAUCUUCAUCAUCCGCUGUGUGAUCCCUUCACUUUACCUGAUCAUCAUCACUGUCGGCUUGCUGGGCAACAUCACCCUCAUGAAGAUCUUCAUUUCCAACAGUGCCAUGAGAAGCGUGCCUAACAUCUUCAUCUCCAGCCUUGCUGCUGGCGAUCUGCUCCUGCUAGUGACCUGUGUGCCUGUGGAUGCCUCCCGGUACUUCUCUGAAGAGUGGCUCUUUGGGGAAGUGGGCUGCAAGCUCAUCCCUGUCAUCCAGCUCACCUCCGUUGGUGUCUCUGUCUUCACCCUCACUGCCCUCAGUGCUGACAGGUACAAAGCAAUUGUAAAUCCCAUGGACAUCCAGACUUCCAGUGCAGUGCUAUGGACUUGUCUUAAAGCCUCUGCCAUCUGGGUAAUCUCCAUGCUCCUAGCAGUUCCUGAAGCAGUGUUCUCCGAACUGGCUCACAUCAAUGACACAGAUAAUGCCACUUUCACAGCAUGCAUACCAUACCCCAUGACAGAUGACAUGCACCCAAAGAUCCAUUCUGUGCUGCUUUUCCUUGUGUAUUUCCUUGUCCCUCUUGUUAUUAUUAGUAUCUACUACUAUCAUAUUGCAAAGAGUUUAAUAAAAAGUGCUCACAACAUCCCUGGGGAACACAGCGAGCAUUCCAAAAGACAGAUGGAAACUCGGAAGCGUCUGGCAAAAAUUGUUUUAGUUUUUGUUGGCUUCUUUGCUAUCUGCUGGUUUCCUAACCAUGUGCUAUACAUGUACAGAUCUUUUCAUUACAAUAAGAUCGAUCCAUCGAUGGGACAUAUGGUUGUUACCUUAGUGGCCCGAGUGCUAAGCUUCUGCAACUCUUGUGUCAACCCAUUUGCACUGUAUUUUCUCAGUGAGAGUUUUAGAAGACAUUUCAACAACCAGCUUCGCUGCAGGAAGAAAGCUCAGAAAGAGAGAUCUGCCAGCUACUUGCGCAACUCUUCUGCCAUUCAAAUGACUUCCCUGAAAAGCAAUACCAGGAACCCAGUAACUACCAUGACACAACUGAAUGGGCACAACUUGAAACAAGAAAUGUCAUUAUGAUUUAAUGGGUGUGAUUUUUGACUGUGAAAUAAAUCGGAACUUCUCCUUUGCAGCUUGUAACUCACUUCUGACACUUGUUCUUUGACAGUCUUCAGAAGAGAGGAUCUGUUAAAUUCUGGCCAAUCUGAGGUUACUUCACACCUAGUCAGACUCUUAGAUAGAAUGAACAGUAUGUUUCAUUGAGAAAACAAAACUGACUGGCAUCAUAUUGUACUUUAAAGGAGAUACUAAUAUAUGUUUAACAUAAAGGAAAGCAGUGUAUCUGAUAUAACAUUGCUUUAAAAGGUAUAGAUUUUCUGAUCUGAAAAUAUGUAUUUUUAACUGAAUAUUGAUCCAGGCUUGUGUUUUGCUUUAACAGAUUUUGCAUGAUUUUAGCUCUGUGGUAUGUGCUAGCAUUGCUGAUUAGGAUUGUUAGGCAUUUUGGAUUCAAUUAAACUUUUAAUUUUUAAUUUAUUUUUUCUUUAAUCAGCUCAUAUGUCAGCACAGGUAGUCAAACAGACACAAUGACUGAAGCUUAUUGCUGCUACUUAUGCAAGGCUGUUCAUAUAAAAUUUUUGGAGGGGGGUGUCAGAGAUGAUUCCCCCCUUAUACAGUGGCAUAGAAUCUGACAAAUAAUCAUUCCCAAGCCAGGUGAGAUGUUAGCUUUUCUGUCUGAGCUCCAGAGAGAAGGUGCUCACAGUGUCUCUGUCACUACACUGUAUCCUGUAGUGACUUCUGCAGUGACUUCUUUAAGGUGAAUACUAGAGAGUACACUAGAAAUUUAGAUUGGAUUUCAGAAUUAGUUGCUAGUCUUAUAAUUUCAAAAAGCUGAAGUGCUAAUGCAGUGUAUCAGUUUGCUGUUCUCUUUGUCCUUAAUAUACACUUGCUCUUAUUUAGUUCUGUUUGUAAGUCUGUGAACCACCUGAAGUACAAAAUUUCUUUCUCAAUUCCUCUUUCUUCAAGACUAGUUAUAUCUCUACCCCAAUUUUUAAAGCAGUGAGAAGUUAUAUUGAUGUAAUCUGUAAGUGUUCUAGCUAAUUAUCUGGAAAAAAACCCCCCAGUUGUAACCACUCAACAGGGAAAGUAACAGAUUGAAGUUCUUAAUGUCAACCAGCAUGGUCCAGUUGGUGAGACCUAUAGGGGGAUGCAAUGUACUUACAGUUGUGUGCAGCAUUCAAAUGAGAAAACUUAUUAAGUUCAGCGUAGGCUGGCUCCAUAUGGCCUACUUUAGUUGGUUGCAGUUGCCCUGUGGCUUCAGCGGCUCCUUGGAAGUCUUUAUACAAAGGAGCUGAUUAAUAUGAACUUGUAAAUCUGUGUGGAAUGGUUUAGAAAAUUGUCACUCUGUCAUAGUUUAGGAAUGGCAUUCCCCAAUUUAGUGUUAUCACUGAAACACAUGUUAUCACUGAAACAUGUGCCACUGUCUCACUCCCCAUUCCCUCUCUCCCUCCCCCUGCAGCGGGAUGGAGAGGAGAAAUUGGAAGCACAAAAGGUAAAUAUCAAAGGUUAAGAUGAUAACAAUUUACUAGAAACAGCAAUGAAAUAAGCAACAAACAGUAGCAACACCAAUAUUAAUAGCAGAUUGUUGCUAAAAUUAGUAACAAGAGGUGAAGGAUUCAUAUGCGAGUGAUCACCAUGGGGAACUUGGCGCUACCUGGGCCGCUCACUUCACCAUCCCUCCCCCACCCCCUGCUUUGGCAUGAGGUGGUAUAGAAUAACCUCAGGGUCCCGGCGAUGUCCCUCCUGGCUACUGCAGAAAUGAACCCUUUUCUGGCUGGAGCCAGGACACAUCCCUAACUGCCUAACACUGCUUCAUCCAUUUUCUCCAUUUGGCUCUUUUUCUUCAUCCCUUAGUUCUGUGUGAGCCCACAUGUUCUUAGAACUCUUUUUUAAUUUUAUACCACUAAUUCCUCCUGGAUGCCAAACAAAGUUGUGGAUUCUGCUCUUCUGAUCAGUCUUGAGUCCUUUCUACUCACAAAGAUUUUACACCUGCAAAGCACUAAAGCUUAAAGUCUUCCUUUGUCAAUUCUUGAUGUAUAUCAUUGACUGCAAUCAAGUUUUCUGUUUAUUUCUGCUGAGGUUUUUUUGUUCCUUACUCCUUAUUGUGUUUGGCAAUCUUUCUAUGCUGCAUAGCCUUUCACAGAACUUCUAAAUCCAUUGUGGUUUUUAUUUCCUAAAUGAAUUUUUGUGAUGUGGGCAUUACCAGAUGAUACAGGUGCCCUACCGGAAAAAGAAUAAUCUAAUUUGUAGUAGAUUUGAUGCUUCUGUUUGAUUCAUGCUCUCCACUCAAUGUCUUAAAUUGCUGUGUGUGGUAUGGACAGCAUGAGCCAGCUUUCUGGCAGAAUGACAAGCUACAGUCUGCUCCUUUUUGUUGUGAAGGGAAGGUGUUCCGAAGUAGACUAUAACUCCUUCUUGUCAGGAAAUCAGCACAGUUUUGGCUCAUUAUUUCCCAGACUUAAUAUUUAAAGUAUGUUUCAAGUAAAUAAACUAAAUUGUAUAUAGCUCCUCUAAAAUUCUUGUAGCACGAUGGGGGGGAAUUAUUUAAUCUGUCUGGAGCUUUACUAGGUGUGUUGCUAACCCAAUAUGCACAUUUUGGAAGUCUGUUACUGUGCUUCUGUACACAUUGUAUAUAAGUACAGCUGUAUGUAUAAAGCUAUUUUCAGACAACUCUGCUUGCUAACAAUUAAAAUGAUUCUAGAAUGCA